AAUGAAGUCUAGAAUAGGUGUGACACCGGAAACCGGUAGGCACGCGCCUCGGGUAAUUGCCAAGAAGAAAGAUGGUUUUUUCCGUCAAAUUGACGGAACUAAUAAAAACAAGGUCCACCUAUCAAGCCGGCACCACCACUCAUCACGCCGGUGACGGAAUUUCUGCACUCCAUCCAAUCGUAUUCUGCCACCUCAACUCUCCCUCUUCCUUCUCUUCCACGUGUCCGCGCUCUUCUCCAUCCCUUGGCCGACGCCGUCAAUGCCCCCAUCUUUUUUCCCGUCAACAGAUACAAAACAAAACAAACCCCAAUAGUAAUAUCUGAAAAGGAGCAAAAGUCAGUCAAUAUAUUCGCCGAUCAAUCGAAACCCUAACCGCUCUCUACCCACCCUCUCUUUUCUCGUUGGAUAUCCUAUCUCUCAGAUCGGCGAUACCCUGCGCAUACCGGCGCUCGUUAGCACCAGCCUGUAAUUCGAACCACUACACCCCCUAUAAGUCCUCUCUCUCUCUCUCUCUCAGACUAUUCCUUCCGUCCUCACGUCGGUGGUAUGUAUUGUACGCAUACCGGCGCACGAUAGCGCGUCUGCGGGAACGAGUUUAGUGUUUGAUUUGGAGAUCGGAGAGAGGAUUAAUUGCCAGAUCGGCAUAGUUUAGCACCGAGAGAUGGACGAAGACGACGAGAUCCAGUCGCACCAGUCGCCGGAGACGGGAUCUCCGGUGUCUCCACGGCCGAACGGAAGAAUAACGGUGACGGUGGCCUCAGCGCCACCGGCGACGGCGCAGAACGCUCUAGCGCUGAUAGCUCUCCCAAUUCAGCGACCGAGAAGCGGCGGAGGAGGAAGUGGAGGCGGAGGCGGAAGAGAGGACUGCUGGAGCGAAGAUGCGACGUCGGUUCUGAUAGACGCGUGGGGAGAGCGGUAUUUGCAGCUGAGCAGAGGGAAUUUGAAGCAGAAGCACUGGAAAGAGGUGGCGGAUAUUGUGAGCAGCACAGAGGACUACGGGAAGACCCCCAAGACCGAUAUACAGUGCAAGAAUCGGAUCGACACGGUGAAGAAGAAGUACAAGCUGGAGAAAGCGAAGGUGGCGUCCGGUGGGGGGCCUAGUAAGUGGACUUUCUUCGACAGAUUGGACCAAUUGAUCGGUCCGACUGCCAAAAUCGCUGUCUCUAGCCCUUCUCCGCCUUUGCAGCAGCCUAAAGUCCCUCUUGGAAUACCCGUUCGCAUUCGUUCGUCCUCCGUGAAUCUCCUUAGCAAUAACAGCAAUAAUAGUCAAUUCCUUAACAAGCAGCCGCAGAAGAAGCAGGAAGAGGCGGUGAUGUUGAGGACCCAACAGCUUGGGAAGCGGGGUGGGACGGAGUUGGAGUCGGAUUCGGAGGCAGAUUCUAUGGAUAGCUCUGGGCAGGCGGGGACGGGGACAGCAACAGCAACGGCAACGGCAACGGCGACAGGGACGAACGAGAGGAAGAAGCCGCGGAGGAUGAUGGUGAUGGCGGGGGGAGGAGAGUAGGAGGAGGAGGUGGGUGGGAAAGGUGGGUGGGGAAAUGCGGUGAGAGAGUUGACGCAGGCGAUACUUAAGUUCGGGGAGGCAUACGAGCAGGCAGAGAACGCAAAGCUGCAGCAGGUGGUGGAGAUGGAGAAGCAGAGAAUGAAGUUUGCAAAGGAGCUGGAGUUGCAGAGGAUGCAGUUCUUCAUGAAAACCCAGUUGGAGAUUUCACAGUUGAAGAAGCCGGCCGGGAGGAGGGGCGGCACCGGUGGCGGUGGUGGUGGUGGGAAUGCUAGCAAUCACCAUAUCAAUAACAAUACCAAUAACAAUAAUAGUGAUAGCAGCAACUAGGCUUUUAGAUUUGGUGGUGUAUGUGAUGGGUGAAGAAGACCCAUUGAUUAAAAUUGGCAGUAGAAUAAUAGAAUUUGCUAGUCUCCCUGUGUGUGUAUGUUUCUUCUCUCUUAUUUAUCAAAUUGGUGGAAGAGACUGACUAGAUGCUCAAUUACAGUAGAUUGUGACACCAAUAUCAAUCUCUUUCUUCACUUGUUAUUGUUAAUCUACCUUCUUUAAUCUUAAUCUACAGCAGCUUUAGUGAUGCUCAUUUA